AAUCCUUCCAUUCUCAACCAACACAAAAACUCUUGAAAACUAGAGUUUGUUUGGAGAAAACACCAACCAAAUAGUUUUGACAAUGGCAGCCUCACUGCAAGCAGCUGCUACUCUCAUGCAACCAACCAAGUUACGUAGCAACAGUUUUCAGCUUAAGUCUACUCAAUCCAUUUCUAAGGCAUUUGGUUUGGAACAUUCUGGUUCUAAGGUUACAUGUUCCCUUCAAACUGAUUUUAAGGAUUUGGCUCAUAAGUGUGUUGAAGCUACUAAGAUUGCUGGAUUUGCUCUUGCCACCUCUGCUCUUGUUGUCUCUGGAGCAAGUGCAGAAGGUGCUCCAAAGAGGCUAACCUUCGACGAAAUCCAAAGCAAAACAUACUUGGAAGUGAAAGGAACAGGAACAGCAAACCAAUGUCCAACCAUUGAUGGAGGACUAGACUCAUUCGCCUUCAAGGCAGGAAAAUACAAUGCCAAGAAAUUCUGCCUUGAACCAACUUCAUUCACAGUUAAAGCAGAAGGUGUAACCAAAAACACUCCGCUCGCAUUCCAAAACACAAAACUCAUGACACGUUUAACCUACACGCUCGACGAGAUUGAAGGACCGUUCGAGGUUUCCCCGGACGGUUCUGUCAAAUUCGAGGAGAAAGAUGGCAUUGACUACGCGGCCGUGACAGUCCAGCUCCCCGGAGGCGAGCGUGUGCCAUUCCUUUUCACUAUCAAACAGUUAGUAGCAUCUGGAAAACCGGAUAGCUUCAGUGGAGAGUUUUUGGUGCCAUCAUACAGAGGAAGCUCAUUCUUAGACCCAAAGGGAAGAGGUGCAUCAACAGGUUAUGACAAUGCAGUUGCAUUGCCAGCUGGUGGAAGAGGAGAUGAAGAAGAACUUGCUAAAGAGAAUAACAAGAGUGCUUCAUCAUCUAAAGGGAAAAUAACAUUGAGUGUUACUCAGAGUAAGCCUGAGACUGGUGAAGUAAUUGGUGUGUUUGAGAGUAUUCAGCCAUCUGACACUGAUUUGGGAGCUAAAGCUCCAAAGGAUGUGAAGAUUCAAGGUGUUUGGUAUGCUCAGCUUGAGUCAUAGACAGAGCUAGCUAGCUUUUCUUAUGCUUUGUUUUGUUGAUGAUGCAUUGUCCUUUGACUCGACAACUUUUCAAGAGCUGAGAGGAUUAUCAUGUUUGUAUGUUAUAUAUAUUCACUUUCAAUUAUAAUAUAUGCUUAAAAUGUCCAGCUUAAAUUUCCAUGUUUUUUUCUUCUUGGAAUAUCUCUUUCAAGGCAUUGCAAUUCAACCUUU